GCCGGGGCCGGACCACGCGCGCCACCCGCACCCACAUAACAUGUAACUUUUCUGAAGGGUUUGCUUACAUUUGUUUCCACAAAAAGCAAAUUGAUAGUAAUUUUUUCUCGUAAGUUUAAAAAGCGUUGUAUUGAAAGAAAAUGAGUGUUUGUUGCGUCUGUCGGAAGCGGAAGAUUACCAGAUCGGAUAUAGUUUUUCAUGGCUUUCCGUUGGACUCAGCGAUGGCCGAACGGUGGUGCGAAAUUUUAGGAUUCGAGCGCAUUCCAGUUUCCUCGGCAAAGGUUUGCGGAGAGCACUUUCUUGAAGAUGAUUACACCACGUACGAUGGAGCUACCAGAAAUAAAACUUUGAAAUCUGCAGCAGUUCCAUCAAAAAAUUUGGGAGACAAUUCUCAAAAAUCAUCAGCUCCGGAGGCUUCCACUAGUAUUCCUACAACAGGCUUCGGUAAUGUGUCGGAUUGUCUAAAAAGUAUCGAAAAAAUUCUACAAAAAUAUGCCAUUCCACAAUCCGUAAAGAUUCAACAUGAGUCUAGUUCCCAAUCGAUUACUAUUACAUACUCACCUGUGCUUGAUCCAGUGGCUCCGAAAGAGCAAAAGAUCAUUUGCUCCAAAUGUAAUGCUAUUUUCAAGAAACCUAUCGAUCUACAACAUCAUGAAAAAAUCUGCCGAGAUAAGCUGAAUCCUUUCCAGUGCGGCAAGUGCAAUGUUACUUUCAAAACAAUCACUGAGCUGGGAAUGCAUAAUAGUUGUGAACCGAAAGUCCCGCAGACUUCGCCGUCGGAGGCUGUGAGUGACAUCGAUGACGAAACGUGUCCUAAAAAAGCAUGCGAAGAAUGUCCCAAAUACAUAUCCGUCAGCAAUAUGGGAAAGCAUUAUGUUAAACAUCAUCCGACUAAAAAUGCACCUUUUCCCUGUGUCAUUUGUGGACUUAAACUAAUCGAAUGUGGUGAAUUAAGUAAACAUUUAAAAUCACAUACACUGAAACAACUGCGCGACUUGAAGGAUAAACAUCCAGCAGGACUACACUACAGCAGCGAAGAACAAGAGUAUUUCGAGUGCUGUCUCUGUGGGGACGUAUUCAAAACGAAAGCGAGUUGCAGUGUUCAUCAAAAUCAUCACUUAUUGCCACGCGUGCAGUGUCCAGUUUGUCAGCGGAUGCUGAAUACAAAGGAAGAAUUUAUAACACACUUGAAAAAACAUGCCGCGAAGUAGUGCAGAGCCGGAGAUGUGAAGAAAUAUUAAAUCCAUUGAAUCUUAUUUUCAAUAUUAUCCACAUGAAUGAUCCAUAAAUGUAGAGAAGCAACCAUAUUCAUAUGGUAUUGGAUUAUUAUAGGUUAGCUCAUCA